AUGGAGAUUCACCAAGUGGCUCUCGCCGCUCUCGACAAAAUACCCCAAGCUAUGAAGACAACGAGCACGAGUCAUCGCGAUAUUGGGGCCAGUAGUAGAGUCGCAUCAACGAGCGCGACGACGGCUGCCGGCAUGCGCUCUUCCGCGGCGAACAAAGAGAUUGUUGGCGACGCUGUCAACACCCCUGAAAGAUCUCAAGCUCUAGGAGGAAGCGAUAGAUAUAUGCGGCUAUCCGGGCAAGAAAGAGACGGUCCCAGUGGUGCGCAGCAGGCCCUGAAAGUAACAACAUCGGGUGACAAUUCCCAAUCUACCACCGACGGUCACGAAACCACUUCGACCCCACCAACUUCGGCAUCUGAUGGCUUCUCUUCGCAGAGCACUAAUCCAGACGGGCAGCUAUGUCAUCUAUCACAGCUGUCGCAGCUAGCAGCGACGCAACAACCACUCGGCAAUGCAUCUUCGACGCGACCGAUGCUCUCGAUAGCUCAGACAGCAGGCCAGAAGAGGACUGCGGAUGGGCAGGUUAAGCCUCUAUCUGUAUCGCCUGAAAUUCCCAAGGCGCGUGGACAUUCCAGGAAUACUAGCGCUAUCAGCAACGCAUCUUCUGUUAGCAGGAUUGGGGAGCUUUCUUCUGAACUCCGAACGCGUCUCUCAUAUGCAAUGGUCAAAGUCAACAAAGGAUGGCAGUCCAAUUCAAUCGAUGAGGUCGAGUCUCUUGCUUCCCAGGCUGGCUCUCCAACGUCAUCUACAUCUACCUUGCCUAGUCGUCGCGCUUUCAUCACCUCCCCUCGUGCUGCGAUUGCGACUUUACAGGCUCAGUCGAGCAAUUCCAGCAAAAUGUCGCAAGACUUCGACCUUUACCCCAGGGGCGAACCACCUUCUUCCCAAACUUACGAAUCGUUCUGGCGCAGCCAUUCGACACCCAACUAUACUGCCCAGCCGCAAAUUUCUCGCGCACCUAUAAUCUCGCCUCCUCCCUCGAAAGCCUUGGGACCCCCCGCCGAUAUCCGUCCUGCUGUACACUCGCGCCGAUCUGGAACACCGAAAUACAGUAAACCGCCGAACAUGCCAGGUCACGGAUCAAAUUCUCCCUACAACGGUACUCCUGCUCCCCGGACACCACUUCGUACGGAUGGCAGGGAUCAUACGAUCAUCCAGACGCCUGUCCAAAAGACCAUCCAAGAACAAGCCGCUAUCGAGACCUUGAUUUUCAUGAGCAGCCCAGGGAACUCGGGCAAUAUGGGCCACACGUUUCCUCCGCCUAGAAUCCAAGGAUCACCGCAACAAAGCCCCCUCCGGUCCGAGUUCAGUGCACAUAAUCGCGCUCCGCACGCAAGAAGAGUCGAGUUUGAUCCGGCGGUGCCCAAUGUGAGCGCAGGUCGCAGUGAAGUUGCAGAGUACAGGAGCAAGAUCAGAAGCCAAGGGGUGAGCCAGAGCGAGGCAAAGAGUGAGGAGAUGAACCGAUUCUUGGACGAGAUGCGGGAUUCCAGUAGUGAUGAAGAGGAUAUACCCCUCAACUAUUCCAGUCCAAGGAGAAUUGCUCCAGGAAGAGUCUAG